CCCGCAGCCCCGGAUCGCGGCCGGUAGCAGCGGGCGGCGGCGGCCGGCAGAGCCCCGCGGGCCGCUCAGCCGGUUACCUGCGCGGCAGGGCCUGAGCGCCGAGCCCGGCUCCGACAUGUCCGGCAAGAUCGAGAAAGCAGAUUCUGAGCGUUCCCAUCUCUCCUCGUUCACUAUGAAGUUGAAGGGCAAGUUUCAUUCACCAAAAAUAAAGAGAACCCCUUCAAAGAAAGGAAAGCAAGUUGACCUGACAGUGAAAACACCAGAGAAGUCAGUGAACAAAAAUGUAUCCUGGCUAGAGGAAAAGGAGAAGGAGGUCGUCAGUGCGUUGCGCUACUUUAAGACUAUUGUGGACAAAAUGGCAAUUGAUAACAAGGUGUUAGAGAUGCUGCCAGGCUCAGCAAGUAAAGUGCUAGAAGCCAUCCUGCCCUUGGUGCAAACCGAUCCACGUAUCCAGCAAAGCUCUGCCAUCUCAUCCUGCUAUAGCCGUGUGUACCAGAGUCUGGCCAAUCUGAUCCGCUGGUCUGAUCAAGUGAUGCUGGAAGGCGUGAAUUCAGAAGACAAGGAGAUGGUGACAACAGUGAAGGGUGUCAUAAAAGCAGUUCUGGAUGGAGUCAAGGAGCUGGUCAGACUCACGAUUGAAAAGCAGGAGCAUCCCUCUCCCACAAGCCCAGUUAAACCCAGUUUACCAGCAUGUAAAUCUGACAGCCCAUCAGAACUUCCCCUUACAGACCGAGAAAUGGAAAUCCUCAACAAAACAACUAAUAUGACUCAAUCCAAUGAGUUACUGACUGACUCCAUGGAUGAAGAAGUUGCACCUCCCAAACCCCCUUUGCCUAGCAUUCGUGUGGCAGAAAACAGCCCUCCACCAGCGUUACCUCCUAAAAAGCGGCAGUCGGCACCUUCCCCAACCAGAGUGGCAGUUGUGGCCCCCAUGAGUCGAGCCACCAGUGGGUCCAGUUUACCUGUUGGAAUUAACAGACAGGAUUUUGAUGUGGACUGCUAUGCCCAGAGAAGGUUGUCAGGUGGAAGCCACUCCUAUGGGGGGGAAUCUCCUCGCCUCUCACCAUGCAGUAGCAUCGGCAAACUCAGCAAGUCUGAUGAGCAGCUGUCUUCUCUGGACCGCGACAGCGGCCAGUGCUCCCGCAACACAAGCUGUGAAACGUUAGAUCAAUCAGAUCACUAUGAUCCUGACUAUGAAUUCCUGCAGCAAGACCUCUCCAAUGCUGAUCAGAUACCUCAGCAGGCUCCAGGUAUCCUCAGCCCGUUGCCAGAGUCUUUGGGUGAGUCUGGCUCCCCUUUCCAUGGACAUGCUUUCCAGCUCCCACAGGGCAGCUCUCCUCCACUGGAAUUCUGCAGCCUCUCAGGAGCAGCACAGCCAACAGAGACUCCUCCAGCUUUACCAGAAAAGAAGAGGAGGAGUGCAGCCUCUCAGACUUCAGAUAACUCAGGCUGCAGGGUGUCCUAUGAGAGGCACCCUUCCCAAUACGAUAACAUCUCAGAGGAUGACAUGCAGAAUGCAGUGUCUGUCCCAUCAAUACCCUUCACACCGUUUGCUGCUGUUUUGCCUUUCCAGCAAGGAAACUCUUCAGCACCAGUUGAAUUCAUUGCUGAUUUUGCUGCUCCAGAUUCUAACAGUGACCCUGAGAAGCCACCUCCUCUGCCAGAGAAGAAAAACAAACACAUGAUGGCGUACAUGCAGUUUGUGGAAGACUACUCUGAGCCACAGCCGUCCAUGUUCUACCAGACCCCUCAGAAUGAACACAUUUACCAGCAGAAGAACAAGCACCUCAUGGAAGUCUAUGGGUUCAAUGACUCCUUUAUCAGCUUAGACCCCUCUCAAGAUCUGGCACCUCCUCCUGCUCUCCCACCCAAGCAGAGGCAGCUGAGUGAAAACGCCAGUGAGGAGGCUGGUGAGGGUGAAUACGUCAAUCUGUAUUCCUCUGGCCAGAGCAACGGGGAACUCCCUCGCUCUGAAGGAGAAUCUCCCUCUGUCAAAGACAGCCACUCCAAAGACUCCACUUUGAACAGCAGUACCAUGGGGAAGGAAGGCAAAGAUGGUGCUGAAAGGCAGCAGCAGUCACCAGAUGCUUUGGAAUCAUCACAGUUGGAGGAAGAGGUAGAUGAGCUAUCCCUCAUCGACCACAGUGAAAUUAUGGCUAGGUUAACGUUGAAGCAAGAGGGAGAUGAUGGGCCAGAUGUUCGUGGUGGAUCUGGAGACAUUUUGUUGGUGCAUGCAACAGAGACCGACAGGAAAGAUCUGGUGCUGUACUGUGAAGCUUUCCUGACUACAUACAGGACAUUUAUUACCCCUGAGGAGCUCAUCAAGAAGCUGCAGUACAGAUAUGAGAAGUUUUGCCACUUCCCAGACACGUUUAAGAAGCGAGUCAGUAAGAACACCUUCUUCGUGCUGGUGCGAGUGGUGGAUGAGCUGUGCUUAGUGGAGUUGACAGAAGAAAUCCUCAAGCUGCUGAUGGACCUGGUCUUCAGGCUGGUGUGCAAUGGGGAGCUGAGCCUCGCCAGAGUGCUACGCAAAAACAUCCUGGAUAAAGUGGAUCAGAAGAAAAUGCUGAGCUACACCAAUUCCAUCAAACCUCUUGCAGCCCGUGGGGUGGCAGCCAGGCCUGGGACCCUGCAUGAUUUCCACAGUCAUGAAAUAGCUGAGCAGCUGACCCUCCUCGAUGCUGAACUUUUCUAUAAAAUCGAGAUCCCAGAAGUUUUGCUUUGGGCGAAGGAGCAAAAUGAAGAGAAGAGCCCCAACCUCACACAGUUCACAGAGCACUUUAAUAACAUGUCCUACUGGGUCCGAUCAAUAAUUAUGCUACAAGAGAAAGCCCAAGACCGAGAGAGGCUGCUCCUUAAGUUUAUAAAGAUUAUGAAGCACUUACGAAAGCUGAAUAAUUUUAAUUCCUAUCUGGCCAUUCUUUCUGCACUGGAUUCUGCACCUAUCCGGAGGCUGGAGUGGCAGAAGCAAACCUCAGAGGGCCUGGCUGAGUACUGCACACUGAUUGACAGCUCCUCGUCCUUCCGCGCAUACCGAGCAGCUCUGGCUGAUGUGGAGCCUCCCUGUAUACCUUACCUAGGCCUGAUUCUGCAGGACCUGACCUUUGUUCAUCUGGGAAACCCUGAUUACAUUGACAGCAAAGUGAACUUUUCCAAGCGCUGGCAGCAGUUUAACAUCCUGGACAGCAUGAGGUGCUUCCAACAAGUCCAUUACGACAUCAAAAGAAACGACGACAUCGUGUCCUUCUUCAACGACUUCAGCGACCACUUGGCUGAGGAGGCUCUGUGGGAACUGUCCCUCAAAAUCAAACCUCGGAACAUCACGAGGCGGAAAACAGACCGGGAAGAGAAGACCUAGGAGGGUUUGUGUGAGCGAGGAUUGCUCUGCAGGCACACCGAGGGCAGCUAUGAGACUGGAGUUCAAUGUUUGUACCUGUUACUGGAUGAUGCACCCUCCCUCCCCGCCAGGGGGGGACAGUCGGGUGCCCACAGCAGGCAAGAGGUGACCGGGACGCGCCGUGGGCUGCGCAGGGCAGAGAUCAGCCGGUGCUCGCUGCACUCACCCUCCUCCUCCUCCUCCUCCUCCUCCCGUCCCUCUGUGCCAUGGAUCAGCUUUAAACCCGGGGAGAGAGCUUUGUGGAAGGAGGGUCCCAUGCAGGUGUGGUACUGGUUUGUUGGCUGAUGGCAUCCGGGAAUACCCAGGCUUUUGUUUUCAUCCACAAAGGAGGGCUGGCGAGAGCUCAGCACCCACAGACUGGUCUCUGGAGCGGUGUCAGCAGCGGUGGAAGGUGAGGGUUUGAGUCUCCUCUGCAACACCACCACCUUGAAACGUGUUCAUCCAUAGAUGAGGAUGGAGGAGGCUCCCGCUGCCUGCCAGAGGAGCUCUGCUUUCAGAGAGCUGCUUGUGUUUACAGGGGUCUAUGGUUUACCCCAGGUCUCUGGCGCCUUCUUCAUGGGAGGAAGGCACCGGUUGUAGGUAGGGAAGAGGCACUGAGAAUGGGCCAUCUCCAGCCACCGUAUCCCCCUCCUCCUCUCAGAUGUUAUUUAAGCAACGGUGCCCCCUCCGAACCCUGGAAACACGGACUACCCGAGGUACUGCGGUUCACCCAGCCGUGGACCCGUAUCUUCUAGCGAUGGUACUAGCUUUUGCACAGUAAAUGCUGUAGAAUACGAGACUGUAAAUAUUAGUGUUUAGAAUCCUUUGGGGACUUUUCUUUUUGAUGCAUGUCUGAAUACCGACGAGUUUAUAGGAAAAAGAAGUGCGAACCAGUAUGUAUAAAACUCCCCACCAGUGACAAUGUUGUUCCAAGCGCUGGAAGAAAGGAGGCUCGGGGCGGGUGCAGGAGCCAGGCAUCGGAGCAAGAGGGAUGGUUCUGGGGUUGGGAAUGGGAGUGGGAAGGAGCCCUGUGCCUGGCUGAGCCCCGUCCCCUGCACCCUGCUCCUCUCCUCUCACUGUUGCCAAAUGUGUGUCUGGCCUUUGGUGCUCUGCUUUGUUCUCAGUGCUUUGGCAGGAGCCCCAGCAGGUCCCAUUGCCCCCAGCCCAGCAUGGAAGAGCAAAGGGGGUGGUCUCAUUUCCCACACACGCAGCGUUAACCCCAAUCUGUUUGGUGUGCCUUAAUCAGCCCCUUUGUCCCCACUCUGUGUCCCCCCCAGGUUAUCCUUCCCAGUCAGGCCAUUUCACAGCCCUCCUCUCUCCUCACCCCAUGGUUUACAGCGUGGAUGGUGGAUUUAACUGUACCCUGGAGGUUUUAGCAUCCUUGUGAAGCCUUUCUUAGCAUCGUGUCACCUGGUUUUUAGAGUUGGUCUUAAAAUCCUGGGGCUUCAGGGCAGCAGCUUGCAGUGGGGUGUUCCACAGAGCAUGGGAUGGGGUGUUCCACAGAGCAUUGGAUGGGGUGUUCCACAGAGCAUCAGAUGGGGUGUUCCACAGAGCAUCAGAUGGGGUGUUCCACAGAGCAUCGGAUGGGGUGUUCCACAGAGCAUCAGAUAGGUGCUUCUCAGAGCAUCCUUAACUUAUUUCCCAACAGCAGCUCUGUGUUUGCUGAAGUCUCAUGUUUAUUUUGGGUGAAUCAGAGGUGCAAGCCCUUCCUGCUGCAGAUUGCAAGGUCUCUGCUGGACAGCAGCUCCGCCUGGACCGACAGCAGCAUUGCCCUGUCCAUGGGAUUGCACCAGCUCCAUUAUAUUUUCCAGCAGCCGAAUGCCAAGGCACAGGAGACCCCAUUUACCUGUGGGGGCAUCUUGUAGGUGAGGAGAGCGUGGGGUCCAGCGCCAGCUCCUGCUGCGCAUCCCUAGAAUGGGAGGAGCAGGGAUGUUCCUGUGCUGAAACAUCUGAGCCAGAACACAUCCGAACGCUUCAUUCCAUGGCACUGAGGGCACCGGAGCCGUUUGUGUCCAGCCGAGGCUCUGCAAUCCCCAUAGGCUUCCCAGCCUGCCAUGCAGGAGGCGAUGCUGGUGCUUGCCUUUGUCCAUCAGGUUUUAAAGCAAACCGCACACGGCUGUGACAAGGCAAAUAGAGCCUGUGUCUGGCACGGGCUGCCCCGACCGGCACCAAGCACCUCCUGGGGCCCCUGUGCUGUGACAGAGCCUGUUUCUGGGGGUGUCCUGUGGGGUGGUAGCAUUAAAGCCACAGCCCCAUCGCUCUCAUACCACCAAUGGGGGGGUCUCGCUCCUGCCCUCCACCAGCUCAGCUGCACCAUGGGGCUGAGCCCCUUCCCCUCAGCCUUUCCAUCCCCUUUCUCCCCUUUGCUGUUGUCCCCCCGACCUCAGGCUCACAGGGACCUUAAGGGUUUCCUCACCCAGAGCCCCAGCUCUGCAGGAGCAGCACUUGGGGAGCACAGAGCAGAGCCCUUUGCUUGGCCAUGAGCGUGUUUGUGUCUUGGAAGCAGCAUCCUCAAGGGCAUCGCCUCUAUUUUGGGGGGGAAAAGGGGUCUCUAUCCCCUCCGCGCACUGGGCAGGGAGCAGGGGGAGCGAUGCCCCCAUCACCAGCCCCCUGCCCAUCGGUUGCAUUGUGUAUGUACCACUGACCCCGUCCUGAUGGUGGCAUCUUCCUGCAACAUUUCAGACCUGUAACUUUUAUAUUAAAGACAAAUAAAGAGCGGUGACGCACCC